UCUGUCUUCCUUCUAAUAGUCUGACUGGGGAAUACAUUAUUUUACCUAUCUAAAUUGAUCUACGCGAUGCAAAAUACUUCGGCCCACGUGAUUCAGCUUCAUCCCAGUGGAUCACAUCAUGAUCAAGGAACCAUUCUUCGUCUAUAUAAAUGAAAAGGUCUGCUUACUAGUAGUACUAGGGGAGACCUAAUUCAAGUACUGAAAUCACGGAGGCUGCAAGGUCGGCUCGUCCCCUCAUCAUUUCACUCUAGCCCAACACAUGGUUUCCACUCAGUACGCCGACGGACGUCAAGAAAAACGCGUCGAGAACUAUACCAAGUUCUGGCAAAAGGAUCUUGGUAAGGAGGGUGAAGUGGACAAUCAAAACCGCGUUGAAAGCUACACCGACGUUGUAAAUGGUUACUACGAUGGAGCGACGGAGCUGUAUGAGUAUGGCUGGGCGCAGUCCUUCCACUUCUCGCGAUUCUACAAAGGAGAGGCUUUUGCAGCAUCCUUGGCCCGUCAUGAGCACUAUCUCGCAGCUCAAAUGUCGCUUCGCCCUGGUAUGCGCGUGCUGGAUGUCGGGUGCGGCAUCGGUGGUCCCGCACGGGAGAUAGCUCGGUUUGCCGACGUCAACAUCGUUGGAUUGAACAACAAUGAUUUCCAGGUUCAGCGUGCUCGGAAGUACACUAAGAAGGCUGGUCUUGAGGACCAAGUAAGUUUUGCCAAGGGUGAUUUUAUGAAGCUGUCAGAACAGUUCGGCGAGAACUCAUUCGAUGCUGUGUAUGCCAUUGAAGCCACUGUCCAUGCACCCACGUGGGAAGGAGUGUAUGGGGAAAUAAUGAAGGUUCUGAAGCCUGGGGGAGUGUUCGGCGUCUACGAGUGGUGCAUGACUGAUGCAUGGAAUCCAUCAAUCCCUGCGCACAAGGAACUUGCCCAUGCCAUUGAGUUUGGCAAUGGUAUCCCAGAGAUGCGUCACUUGAAGAAAGCCCGCGAAGCCAUGGUUAACGUUGGCUUCACGAUUGAGCACGAAGAGGAUUUGGCUGAACGUCCCGACGAAGUUCCAUGGUAUUACCCACUUGAAGGCGAUGUCUGGAAAGCUCAGACUACCUGGGAUUACUUUACCGUUUGGCGAAUGAGCUGGAGCGGCAAGCUCGUUUCACACACUGCAAUCAAAUUCAUGGAGAUGCUUAAUCUUUUGCCCAAAGGCACUUAUGAUGUUGGCGAAUCCCUGAAGGUUGCUGCUGAUGCGCUUGUGAAAGGUGGCCAGACAAAGCUCUUCACGCCCAUGUAUCUCGCAAUCUGCCGCAAGCCCACGCUCUCCGAAUGUUAAACUACACACCUACAUAUAUAUUACGUAUAUAUCCCCUGCUAACACUUACUUACUCUAGAACCAUUGCACGAUUAUAUGGCACUCUUUGACCUUGAGCUUGAACCUAAGGUAAUCCGAAACCACAAAUGAUUCAAAG